AUGCAACAGGGAGUCCACGCCAACGCAGAGCUGCGCCGUCCCGAAGCUAUGCAACGUCCUCUGGCGGUCGGCCCGGGUGUCGAAACUCGCGAUCAGGGCGUCCUUCGUGGCGGCCCAUCUCAUCUUCUCCGGGCCUCUUCGCGACGCAUCCAACACCGCUCGCGUACGGCCCUUAAGAAGCGCUCGGAGGUCCGUGAAUUUACCCCAGUCCGACCGUAUUCCGCCUGCGCCGCGGAGUUCUCGAAAUCAUCCACGAACGCCCGCGCGUCUCCGUCCGCGAAGAACUCUGGCCAUGCGACCUACAUCCUGAUCCUGUCGACAGCACCAGUGUUACAAUUCCAAAAGUCGGUGCUGGUCGAAGAUAGUUAUUUAUUGUCAAUAACGUUCGAGAUAUGGUUAAAUGGUCAUUCGUACAACAAAAUAUCUCAUUCGGAACAAGGUUGCAGAAUUCCCACAUGCACAUAG